AUUCCUGGGCAGUGCUCAGCUGCCAGCAGCUGAUUAAAACCAUCUCUCUCGCUGUGAGUGGCUCAGGCCGCCGAAGGCUCGCGCGGGGCUCAAUAUUUAAGCGGAGCCGCCGCCGCGUCAGGGCGCUUGCCGGCUUCCAGUGGCGGGAUCAUGUGGGGAGAGGCGCGGCGCUGAAGCUGGUCAGAGUAGUAUGCCUGUCCGCUGCUAGCUGGAUUCCAGUCACUUUACCAAGUGCUGCAUUCGCUCCUGGAGUUGAGACUGGUGCCUCUCACCAUGUCGAACGAAGUGGAAGCAACCAGUGGAAACAGUCCGCCUGCCCAGCAACAGGCACCACCAAAAACACAGCCUUUCAAAAAGGAGAAGAAGAAAGGGCCAGAAAAGACAGAAGAAUUUCUCUUGGCCAGAUUUCAAGGUGAUGGUGUCAGAUACAAGGCCAAACUGAUUGGUAUUGAUGAUGUUCCAGAAGCAAGGGGAGACAAGAUGAGCCAGGAUUCAAUGAUGAAGCUGAAGGGAAUGGCGGUAGCAGCCCGUUCUCAAGGACAGCACAAACAGAAAAUAUGGGUGAACAUCUCUCUUGCUGGGAUCAAAGUCAUGGAUGAGAAGACGGGGGUUAUUGAGCAUGAGCAUCCAGUCAACAAAAUAUCCUUUAUAGCCCGGGAUGUGACUGACAACCGUGCCUUUGGCUACGUUUGUGGAGGAGAAGGGCAGCACCAGUUCUUCGCCAUCAAAACAGCACAGCAGGCUGAACCUCUAGUAGUAGAUCUGAAGGAUCUAUUCCAAGUAAUCUAUAACAUGAAGAAAAAAGAAGAGGGUGACAAGCAAAAGAAUGAAGAGACCAAUAAACCUGUCGAGAAUGGCAGUGAUGAAACAGCUACUGAACGAGCCGACAAAAUGAAGCUGGGUAUGGAGCAGAUGGAUCUGUUUGGAGACAUGUCUACACCUCCUGACCUGAACAGCCCCUCAGAGGAGGAUAAAGAGAUCCUGUUAGUGGAUUUAAAUUCUGAAAUUGAGGCCCCUCCGACUUCUCUCAAAGAGGAGGAUAUUUUCUUGAAUGACAUCACGCCUCCCCUACCACUGUCCAAGCUGCAGCCACCUUUCUUGCCUGACAAUGCUUUCUCUGCAAAUCUCAGCUUCUUCCCCACCCCAAAUCCCGACCCUUUCAGGGAUGACCCUUUCACGCAUCCCGACCAAUUGGCGCAGCCCCCAAUUGAUUCUUCUCUGAAGCCUCCCAGCCAGAAGAUGGGAAGUGUUGUGACUAGCCCCAUGGGGAGCGGUGGUAUGAAUGGGGAUGUAGACUACUUUGGGCAAGAGUUUGACCAGAUCUCCAACCGAACUGGCAAGCAGGAAAUGCCGGCCAGCCAGUGGCUGCUUGAGAGUAAGCCUGUCCAACUAGCUGCGAGGACUCCAAAUGGGGUGCCGGAGAGAGAACAGAACGGCUUCCCUGCCGCCGCAUCCCCAGUAAAUGUCUUUCUGGAGAGCUCUUCCAAAGGAUUACCGGUGCAAAACGGAUUACGGCUAGACUCCGAUAGCAACGGCCAAUUGAUGUCGCAUGACUCUAUCACGAUUAGCCCACCUCCCCAAAGCACCAAGCCAGGAAGAGGAAGGAGGACUGUAAAGGGUUCAGCCAGUAGUGACCUGUUUGGCUCAGGCAUCUUUGCUCCUGCAACAAACACUCUGACAACUGCAGCGCCGUCUCCACCUGCCCAGACCAACCCUCUAGACCUCUUCAACACUAGCGCUCCUGCAGCAGCACCCAUGCCUGUACUAGGUGGCCUGCCCGCAACUGCUUCUCCAACACCAGCGUGGGGUCCCCAGCCUGCGAUCUUCAACCAGCCGCCUUCAGCCUUUCCUGGAUCUGUUCUGGGUGUUCAGCCAGCAAGCUUCCCUCAGCCUCUUGGCUUUGACGCUGCUCCACAAGCUCCCAGCUGGAGUCAGCCGCCUUUGUCCUUGGGAGCCCCGAUCCAGGCUCCAGCUCCCGACCUCUGGGGUCAGCCUGUACGGGUUCCUCCUCCUCCUAAUGCGUGGGUCCAGCCCUCCAGCGCCGGGAACCCUUUCCAGCCCGCCAUAUUCCCACCUCCGCUCGCAGCCCAGGGCCCCUCUCUGUUGCCUGCUCGAAGUCCUCCUCAGUUGCCUCCCAGAACUGCACCUCAGAAGGAGUUGCCCAAGAAGGAAAGUGACGCCUUCACUGCCUUGGAUCCGCUCGGCGAUAAGGAAAUAAAGGAUGUGAAAGCCAUGUUUAAAGACUUCCAGCUGGCAAAGCUGCCCGCCGUGCCUGUGAGGAGGGCAGAGCAGCAGCAGCAACAACAAGUGCCGCCAAAUCCUGUUCUCAGGCCAAACGCUGUGCCACCUGCCAGGCCUGCUGAAGACUUGUUUGAAAACCCUUUCAAGACAGACCCUUUCGCUGUUCCAUCGCUAAACUCGACUGCCGUGCAGCACCAGCUGGCUUCUGCUCCGUUUGGCGAUCCUUUUGGAAACCCGUUUGCGUAAGCUUGAUAGCAAACCCCAAGAGAGCAAGUUCCAUGUGACUCAGCCCAGUGGUGCUAACCAUCUCCCCCUCGUUCUCUUGACCCAGGAAUGAAUGCAAACCAGCACAGGAAUAGCUGGACUGCCCAUGGUGCAAGGAUGUGAUGAAUAACUGGAUACCCUCCCCUGUUACUGUCUUCACUCUGCAUGCAUUAUCUGCCUCAUUCUUCGCCA